AUGAAAUUCGCCACUCUCCUUUUGGCCGCCUCGGCCCACGCUGCCACCAUCACUAGAUGGCACACCUCCUGGAACAUCGUCACCUCGCUGUACGACACCACCACCAUCAGCACGCUACCACCCACCACCGUGGUGAUCGACACCGAUGGCCAGACCAUCUACCCAACUUCCACCGCUCCUUCGACCCCAACAACCCCACCUACCGUGGAAUUCGAGCCAACUUCGUCGGCCCCAACUACGUCGUCGACACCAACUACAUCGUCGACGCCAACUACAUCUUCAACUCCAACCACGAGUUCGCAGUCAUCAACAAUCGCUACUGUUCCAACAGACACUACCUCCAGCGCGGCCUCCAGCGCCACCUGGACACCAACCACCAUGUCUACCGCGCUCUCGUCCUCCUCCUCGUCCUCUGCAUCCAGCACCAGCAGCAGUGCUACCCCAAGCGCGGGUCUCAACGAGUUCCAGCAGGACAUCUUGGACGAGACCAACAAAAAGAGAGCCCUCCACUCUGCUCCAUCCGUCGCCUGGAACUGGACCUUGACCGAGUUUGCUACGGAAUACGCCAAGAAGUUCGACUGUAACAACGUCGAAUUGAUCCACUCGGGCGGUCCUUACGGUGAGAACUUGGCUGCUGGUUACGUUGGCGGCAAGGACCCCGUUGACGCCUGGUACGACGAGAUCAAGGACUACGACUACCUGAACCCAGGCUACUCCGAGGCCACGGGCCACUUCACCCAGCUCAUCUGGAAAGACUCCACCCAGAUGGGUUGCGCCAAGGUGACUUGCGACAACAUCUGGCGCCAGUACACUAUCUGUGAGUACUCCCCUAGAGGCAACGUUGUGGGCACCACCCAGCUGUUGACCGAAAAAUUCUUUUCUUCUAACGUUUUGCCUUUGGCUUAG